GCCUGAGGUUGAAUUGUCGCGUGGCAGACCCUGGUGGGAUUGUGGAGAAAAAGUUGCCCCUCCGACAUCCAGAUCGCAUUGGCUGCGGGGUCUUCGUCGGCCUUGGUGAUGACUGUAAAUAUACAGUCCUGUGAAUUCGCUCAAACCACGACAAUUACCCCGGCAAACACCCGCAAUCCACACAAUCAUCAUGGAUGCCACAUACUUCACCGAGUCUAACAAGAGCGUCGACUUCCCAAAGAAGAGGUGCGGUGUCUUGGGUGCGACGGGUAGUGUUGGUCAAAGAUUUAUUCUCCUCCUUGCCCUUCACCCGCAUUUCCAACUCACCGCCGUGGGAGCCAGCCCUCGAUCGGCAGGCAAGAAGUACCGCGAUGCCGUCAAAUGGAAGCAAAGCUUGCCCAUGAGCAAAGAGCUCGGAGAUCUGGUAGUCAAGAACUGCACACCCGAUGAGUUCAAAGAUCAUGUCGAUGUCGUGUUCAGCGGUCUGGACAGUGAUGUUGCUGGUGAUGCAGAAAUGGCAUUCCUGAAGGCCAACAUCCCAGUCUUCUCCAAUGCUAAGAACUACCGCCGCGAUCCUAUGGUUCCACUUGUUGUACCAACCGUCAAUCUCUCGCAUCUCUCCCUCAUCCCGCACCAGCGAAAACAACACAACCUCGACAAGGGUUUCCUCGUCUGCAACUCAAACUGCGCUGUCAUCGGCGUCGUCAUUCCUUUCAUCGCUUUGCAGGCUCGGUUCGGACCGAUCGCUACGGCCAGCGUAACCACCAUGCAAGCCGUGUCCGGCGCCGGAUACCCAGGGGUCAGCGUCAUGGAUAUUUUGGACAAUGUGGUGCCCUUCAUCUCUGGCGAAGAGGACAAGCUCGAAUCUGAAGCUCGCAAGAUUCUCGGUACCAUUUCCACAGACAACACCACUCUCGCCGACCAGACAGAACUCCGCAUCUCCGCCGCUUGCAACCGUGUUCCUGUACUCGAUGGACACACUGCAUGCGUCUCUUUGCGCUUCGAGAAACGCCCACCACCGCCAAUAAAUGAGGUCAUUGCAGCUCUUCGCGAAUACGUGUCAGAAGCGCAAACGCUCGGGUGUCCUUCCGCGCCAGCACGGGCGAUUGUCGUAAUGGACGAGCCUGACCGACCACAGCCACGACUAGAUCGUGAGACAGACCGUGGCUACGCUGUGAGUGUGGGAAGAGUUCGUGAGGAUCCAUCAGGAAUCUUUGACAUCAUGUUCGUUGCCCUCAGCCACAACACCAUCAUCGGAGCGGCGGGCAGCAGUUUGUUGAAUGCCGAAGCGGCUGUAUUGAAGGGAUACUUCUAAACUUGAAGAAAUAUGGGACAACUGCGAUGACACCUUGUUACAGAUAUCGUAGAUAUGGCCGAAAGGAAAUGUUCGCAAGCACGAGGCGAAUUCACAGAUCUCAUGGAGCCUAGCGA